GAGUUUACGGACCUCCGCGCGUUAUGGUGCGCACUAACAAGAUAAGCGGGGAAAAUGAGCGAUCCAGCCCCUGGCAAGUCGAAGGAAGACCGCGAGGUGGACGCGGCUGUUCUAGCGCUGCAGAACAAGGUACAGGGCAUAAAAGGCUCGCUCUCCUCUUUCGUUGGCAAGAUGGAGCACGAGCCGCUCACGUGGCCGAGUGUUCUGGACAGUUUCUCUGCCACAGUCGGCCAUUUCUCCACACUUCUCAAACAGCUCACCUCGGACAAGACCCCACCCCUCUCCAAUCGCGUCGUCAUUCCACUCCAGGUGUCCUCGGAACGGGACCCUGAACUGGAAGUCAGCCACCACACACACUCACAGAGUCUCACAUGUUACCUACUACGUAUGUCCACAGAGAGCGACAGAGAGCCGAGUAUCGAUGCUACACCAUGAAAUAGUGCCCAACUACUUGCGGACUAAGCUGGACCUCGACCUGGAGGCCAAGCAGAGGGCGCUGCUAGAGGAGGCAAGAGGGAAGGAAGCUGGGCUGAAGGAGGAGAUAUCUGCCUACAACACCAUCAUUUCCUCUUGCCAGAAGAUUGUGUCUGAGGCACGCGACGAGAUGGAGGUCCAAAAAUCUAAAGCAGGUGGGAUGCAAACGACAUCAUUGGCAGAAACCCGGAAGCUAGCUGCUGCUUAUCUCCACGGCACUGGGCUAACUCCUCUAACUACGAAACGGAUUGAAGUUCUAAAGGGCGGGCGUGGAACUCGUCAUCCUUUGGGAGUAGGAGCAGGAGGGAAGGCCCCCAGUGCUAUGAAGACUGAUGUAAAGGAAGCCGCUGCGCCUUACUCGCUCCAGAAACAACAGAGACGGACGUGAUACUUUGCGCAUGCGUUUUGUACAUGCGCAUGCGCGACGAUUUUGUUGGUGCACUCCAAAUAGAAUAUGAACGCAGCGAAGGAAACGUUUGUCAGCGGGCAUGAAGGUACAACUGCCUGGGAGAUCGCUGCGGUACUGGUGAGUGUCGUGGCUUGCUACACACUGAGGAACGUACUCCUGGUCGUCUUCCCACGGUUAUCACUCGCUACCCGGGGGUCUAUACUACUAGCCUUUUUCCUCGACUUCUCAGUCCUCGUUCUCCCUGGAAUACUGCUCUUCACCGUACUCGCAGACCACGCCUUUCACUUCUGUCUCCUCUCUAUUGGCCUCGUUGGUGCACUAGCAGUUUUCUCUAUAUGGAGCACACCAGGGAAGCCGGGAUGUGUGGGGAGCGUUACGUACCCUCUCGCGAAACUACCGUUCAUCACAGCCAUGCGCACCUACACCAACUUGUUCACAGCGAUAGCAAUCUUAGCGGUCGACUUUACCAUUUUCCCUCGCCGUUUCGCCAAGACUGAGACGUAUGGGACGGGUCUGAUGGAUAUUGGGGUGGGAUUGUUUGUGGUGGCGCACGGGCUGACAGCUCCUGAGGCUCGUGGGCUCUCUAACACUAGAGGCUACAUAUGGAGAGUGAUAGGGACAGUGAGGAGAGUCCUACCUCUGAUUGUGCUGGGGUGUGUCCGACUGGCCAGUGUGAAGCUGACUGGUUACCAGGAACAUGUGACAGAGUACGGAGUUCAUUGGAACUUCUUCUUCACCAUUGCCUUUAUCAGGGUAUUAUGUACAGCUAUCCUCCCCCUCCUCUCCUUCCUCCCUCUUCUCUUCCCCUAUGCCACCUUGUCCCUCCUCCUCGCUUUCCUCCAUCAACUGUUCCUCUCACUGGCUGGAGGGACCGAGUACGUACUGCUGGGCCCGUCCCGAGACGGUUCCAGAACGGGACUACUCAGUGCCAACAGGGAGGGUGUGGUCUCAAGUAUCGGUUAUCUGGCAGUGUAUAUGGCUGGUAUACAACUGGGGCAGUGGCUCUUCAAGAAGAGAAAAACUGUUUCCAAGUUUUACCACGUUGCUCUGUUCCUUGGAGUGGGCGUGGUCUUAUUGUGGACUCUGACCUCUGUGUGUGAGGUGUAUGUGCAGCCAGUGUCUCGCAGAAUGGCCAAUCUUCCCUUCAUCCUCUGGCUGUUUUCACAGGUUUUCCUAUUUCUCCUGCUGUUCUUGUUCACUGACCUACUUCUUCUGAAGUUGUGGCACACCGUUCCCUCUUCCUCCCUCCCUUCUCCCUCUCUACACCACCGCCAGCAACAAACACACCACCUCUCUUCUCUGCGUGGUGUCUGCCAUUGACUACAACCAACUCUCGUUCUUCCUCCUCGCCAAUAUCUUGACUGGACUAGUCAAUUUCUCGCUGGACACCCUCCACACCAGUCGGCCACUGGCUCUGGCUGUUCUAGUGGGCUACAUGUGUGUCCUGGUCUUCAUCUCUAUCGCUCUUCACAGACACAGCAUCAAAAUCAAACUAUGAUCACUUCUUUCUGUGUUUUUAUCAUCUCACAUAAGUUUCAUAUCAAAAGAAUUAACAGGAUAAGCUAAAGAUCGAGUUGUUUGUUUCAGUGAACUGAAUCAGCAGGUUUUCGCGGUAGUUUCAUCUUGGCAGAGUGUUGGAGUGACUCGGUGUCAGCUCUGAGUCUGACUGCCUCGUCCAGAGCAGACUGUAUGUGCUGUCGGAGGUCCGUCAGACGCAGCCCCUCCUCCUCCCCCUCCAUCUCCCCUCCCUGGACCCUCUUCAGGAGAGCAAGCACCGUGUUCAGUCGAUCGUACCUCUGAAUCGGCCCCAGUAGUCUGUUGUCAAGUGUGGUAUCUUCCUCCGCACACUCUCCCCCAACACUCUGCUGCUGCUGUUGACCAACAAUAGCAGCUCUGAAC